AUGCAGGUUGGCCGUAUCAUCGCCAGCCAAGCGGCAAUGGCAUUCAAACCAGUCUUACUGAAAUUAGGAGGCAAGGAUUUCACCAUUGUGUUGGAGGAUGCCAACCUAGACUUGGCAGCCCAAGAAAUUGUAAAGGAUGCAUUUCUGAAUAUUUGCAUGUCCACGGAUAUGGUCAUCACCUCAAUUGCCAUCGCUCUAACUCUGGAAGCCAAGAUCCUCUCCUUAGUGCAAAAGAUAGACUGCGCCUCCACGGUCAUAUCGCCGGCUGCCAAAUCCAAGCUAGAGAUGCUAGUGGCGGAUUCUUAA